AUGUCUGGCAACGAGGCUUAUGUUAACGCUUUGGAACGUGCUAAACAAGUAAGACAGGGUUCUUUUCGCUUAAUGAUCACUAAGGUUGUAUCAAAGUUCUCCGCCCCUGAUGACAGUCACUCCAAUGGCGGUGUUGCUGGAAGUAAACGGCCAGCCGACGACUCGAAUCCAUACGCAAGUGCUGAAAAGCGUCCUUUUGUUAACGAUAAAGCAGCCGCUGCUGCAGCGGAAGCUGCUGCCAGGAUUACACAGAAAAUAUCAGGUGGUGUCUCCGCUCCUGCCCCUCCCGCACCUGGUGGCGUCAGGACUAUAACUGCAGAGACCACGAUCCCAGACCGUUUUGUCGGCUUGGGUACGAUUCGUUUAGCCUUGCUUUUUAGUUCUAGUUAUCGGGAAAAAGGGUGAACAGAUCUCUCAAUUGCAGAAUGACUCUAAUUGUAAAGUCCAGAUUUCUCAAGGUAUGACAGCUUUUUAACAUUGCAACAUUACAGAGGGUGGGCGGCCUGAGCGCGUAGUAACUCUAACCGGCACUCCCCAACAAGUCCAGUAAGUUGCCAAAUUUCGCCUUAUUCUUCUCCAGACACGCGAAGCAGAUGUUGGCCGAUAUUAUUGACAGAGCCGAGAAAGCUGGUUUGGGCGGCCCACCUCCCCAGGGAAAUCCUCCAAUGAUGGAACCACCCGCUUACCAACACAAUGGCCCCAUUACUACGAUCGAGUUAAUGAUUCCGGGCACGAAAGCUGGGUUAGUAAUAGGGAAGAAUGGAGAGACAAUCAAACAACUCCAAGAAGAGAAUGGUGUCAAGAUGGUACUUAUUCAGCAAAGCAGCGCACCAACUCCGGAAGACAAGCCCUUGCGUAUCACUGGAGAGCCUAUGAGGGUUGAAAAGGCAAAGGCUCAGAUCUACGAGAUCAUCACGGUAAUCUCCUAUUUCGUGCUCACUAUUCUUCAUUAGCGAGGUCGGAUGAGUGGCUAUGGUGACAACGCGGAGGUAACGCGCUAUGCGGUGCCAGCCGAAAAAGCCGGUCUUGUCAUCGGCAAAGGAGGAGAAUCGAUAAAGGAAAUUUGUCGCGUUAGUUGCGCCCAUGUUGAAAUAUCGAAGGAACCACCACCGGAUCCGUCUAUCAAAAUUUUCAACAUCCGUGGUAAUCGAGGCGAGAUUGAACAAGCCAUAAGGUAGUUUUCUGAUGUUAUGUUCAUUCAAGUGUGUUGUAUGCGAUUUCACGUUUUUAUUAUAGCUUUAGCUCUGUAGUGUGCACCCGUUGUCUGCCCCCGUCGGGUGUGUGGGUAUUACUUUGUACAGACCGCUGGUUAAACUGCUAUAUUUCAUUGUUGGAAUGUUUCAACAUUUUAACGAUUCUAGCAUUUCCAGUAAUCAUCAAGCGGUAAGCUCUUGCGCAGGUCCUUAUGCGGUGGGUGCCGGUAAUCUGUAAGGUUUCCCAAAUUACACGUCCUGCGUGCGUGUUAGUCGCCAUUUUUAAUGACGGUCCGGAUUUCAUUUGGAUUUCAUUGAUAAAGUUGUUUGUGCGAAACCUUGAUUUAACGGGAUGUAUUAUUUCUGUUAACUUUGUUAAUCUUUAUGAUGCUUAGCCGUGUAACUUGUCUUGCUGUACAUUACUGUUCUCCGCAGUCGAUCCCCAAGCCACUUUAUUUGAGCCGUGACUACGCGUGGUUUCAUCAGUCGCCCAUUUCCGGCGCCCAUUAAAAUUAAUUCCUGGUUUAGGUGCCGGGCCCUUUUUCGCUUAUUAGCAAUUGCUAGGUGUUCAUCGUCUGGAUGGACCUGCACAGAGGCAUGCUGGUCUCCAGGGAGCUCUUGGACUAUUUAUUUUUGAUGUAUAUUUUAUAUAUGCAUUCUAAUGACUUUCUCUGACAUGGCGCCGUUUUCGUUUGUGUUGCCUUUGUAUUUUGGUGAAUAUCUCGCUAUAUACCUAUUGGUCAUGUCUUCGUAAAUGAAUAUGCCUCGUUCGCUAUGCGUUGCUGGAAUCUCUGUGCAUAAAGAAUGAUCUCUGAGCGUGCCGGUAUCCCUAUCACGAGACCCGCAACCGGGGCUGCAGUUUCCAGCACAUGGGGACAAUAUGGCUAUCCUCAACCAGGUAAGAAGUAUUUAUUUUGUUGCCCACUGACCAGUCCGGUCGGUGCAGUGGCGAAAGUAAAAACGCAGAGAGCUGAGAAGUCAAACGUUUCUGAGGUGGCAUCCACCGUAGCUCUGCUUAGACGUAAUCUUUGUAGGUUCAAAUUAAGCGGACCUUUUGUUAUAGUUUCUUUCAACUUACUUUUUAUGAUACAUUCAUAAUGAAAUGUAGUUCAUAGACUUAUAGUAAGGUGUUACCGGUGAGAUGUGACGCCUGGCCAGCCCGGUCGCUCAUCUACUCUUGACCACAUCUGUAUACCAUCCUCAUUUCAGAUCCUUGGGGUGGGGCGAAUGGUGCGGCGUCGUCAAUGGCCGGGAGUGGAAUGCCUGCUCCGACUUACAACCCUUACACUGGGCAGCCUGAUUACAGCGCCGCCUGGAUCGAGUAUUACAGACGCCAGGGCAUGCAUGAGUAUGCGGAUAUGAUCCAGCGCCAGUCCCAACAACAGGCAGGUGCAGUCGCUCCCGCUGCCGCCGCACCAAACGCACCAUCAGGUGUUGCGCCCGUUUCUCAUCCAGGCCAGCAUCCUGCUGGAGCUUCACAACCACAGCAACCCGGAUCCGUUGCAGCUCCCGCAGCCCCAGGUUAUGGAGCCGUCCCUGGCCAACCUGCCCAACAGGUUAGUCUUGGGUGUCUGAAGUCUUUAUGCGACUUUUUAUUCAACCGCACGCAUUUAAGACGACUUAUUUCCAAGUUGUUUGAACAAGAAUCUCGUGUUUUUUGUUUAAUGUAAUUUCGUGUGUUUCAGUGUGAUUACAAUCAAUGGCAACAGUGGCAACAGUAUCAGGCUUGGCAGCAAGCAUACCAGCAACCUCAGCAACCCGGUAUGGGCCAUCAGAUGCCCGGCGCAGGCAUGCAAUCGGCCUCCGGAGCGCCUCCGCCGGUGUCUAUGGGCGGAGUGAUGCAGCAUGCCCCCCAGCCACCACAAUAA